GGAUGGUUACCUGUCCUAUAUUUCUGCAGCGGUGGGCGGAGGAUUGAUCUGUAUAAAUAGACGUUGCACAGAGACGUCUUCACAACAGCAUCUACUGACAGUUGAAAACUCUCUCCUGAAAGGAUUAAGAUAAUUUAACCACCUCGAAACCAUGAAGCUCAUCGCCGCCACACUCGCCUCCUUCCUCGUCCUCCUGCCGCUGAUCCUGAUUGGCUGGAUCGAGCAGGCGUCAGCGCUCCCUGUCGACCGCUCGCUCAGUCGGCCGCUGAAAGACCCGGAGACGCAACAGGCUGUCCGGGACGUGUCGCAACACGCUCAGAGUGUGCAGACGGAGGAUGACUCCAGCACCAGACUGAUGCCCAGAGUCAACACUGACCAGGACCACCUGAAGAUCUGCUGCCUCCACGCCAACAUCCUCGACUACUACCUGAACAACAUCCUGCGCCAGCGUGAAAACACGCAUCCCAGCAUGCACCGGCUGAGGACCGACCUCACCCGCGUCAGCGAGGACCUGCAGACUCAAGGCUGUAACGUGACUCGCUAUCACGACCAUCACCACGCUGUGGAGUUCCGCACCAAGCUCGCCAAGAUGGGCGGCGAGCGAGGUUUGAACAAAGCGGUGGGAGAGAUCGACAUCUUGUUCACUUACCUGCACGACUUCUGCGUCAAGCCGAAAAACGCCACGGCCGCCGCCACCGCCGCUGCCGAUGCAAACUGACACCUCGACUGUUUUUACUGAGCAAACAGUGUAUUUAUCAUAUUUAUCACCUUUUGUACCAACAACUUUUAUACCUUUAUUUAUUAUCAAUAUAUUUAAUUUGAGAAGAUAUUUAAAUUUUUUUUAUAUUUGUAUUGACUCGAGUACGACAGAUUAGAUAUUGAUCUAUUUAUUGAUCAAAGAGUUUUAAUGCCUGAGCCGGAAGGACUCUGUUGGUGUUGAUCAUGUUGCCAUGUUAUGGCUUUAUUAUUAUUAAAAAAGAGUUACAGUAUUUACAUGUUACACUCUGUGUGUUACAACGUUUACUUGAAAAUUAAUAAAGUUUGGUUUUGAAUAUGAA